CAGGCGGCCGGGAACACGCCCAGGAUCGGGGGCUGCCGGGCUGCCUGCCGGUGGCGCUUCUCCCUCCUCCCGCGGGACGGGGGUCUUGCGCUUAAGACCCAGCCAGGUCUUCCUAACCGCGGCACAUCCGCUCUCUGCCUUUGCAACUCCUGUAUUUGCGGAGAACCUCCAGUAGAUGUUGGGCUCUAGUUCCCAGCAAGCAGCGGAGUCAGUGCUCAGGGGUGAUGGGAGCUGUAGUCUGGCAGCAUUUGCAAGGCCACCUGUCUCUGGGCUACACCCUGUGCCUUCUGGAGGGCUGACUUGGGUGGGGAAACAGGCCAAAUAUGUUUUCCCUUCCCCACACUUAUCUGACCACAAGCUAAGCUCCAACAGCCACCUCUGAACCCCCAAACCCCUUCCUAGCCAGAAGCUGUGUUAAUAAAAGCCUCCCGAGGGGCUCACUUGUCAGAUUUGGUCCCUGGCUUGGCAAUCCCUCCAUGUGGGGCACGUGCCUCAAAACCAGUGAUUAUACCUCCAUGACACAGUGGCAGAAACAUGUGAUUGGCCUCAGUUAACAAUAGCUUUUCAUAACUCUCCAGGCUCCAGGGGCAUUAAAUCUUGGCGCGUGGCAUGGGUGUGGGGGUGCACCUUGAGGGCUUGCAAGGAGAGGAAGAGGACCUCCCUUCCUGCCUCAGAGUUCCUUCUGGUGCGGUUGACGGCUUCCUUGCUUGGCUUGUGCCAGAAGCGAGGCUUAAUUCUGCCGACAUUGACCCUUCUCUGGCUGGGGGGCGCCUUGGGUGGGGAGUGGGGCAUGCCCCUCUCCUGCUGGCCCCAUGGCAUCUUUGCAGCCUGAAGAGCCGCUCCAGGACUUGCUCUCCGUCUCCUUGCUGGACCUGGAGGGCACCCCCUCUGCCUUGCGCAGCCGCUCGGCCAGUGUGAGCAGCACGGGCUCCAGCGGGCGGCUGCAGCUGCGGCAGCGAGUGGCACAGCUCAUGGCCUGCGUGGAGGAUGUCAGCUCCGAUGACGAGAUCCACGAGGAAGUCUCACGCACCAUCGAUGAGGCUUUUCUGAUCUGUGGGAAGAUGCAGAAGCAGAGGCUUCUAGGGAUCAGGUUGCACUUGGUGACUUGGAACGUGGGCACAGCUUCUCCCCCUCCUGAUGUCACCUCUUUGCUGCAGCUCAACUCGCAAGACCAGGAAAUGGACAUGUAUGUCAUUGGUUUACAGGAGGUGAACUCCAAGAUUGUGAAUUUCCUAUCCGACAUGGCCUUUGAUGAUCCUUGGAGUAUUUUCUUCAUGAAUGUUCUUUCUCCUCUGCGCUAUGUCAAGGUAUCUUCCAUACGCAUGCAGGGCCUCCUCCUCCUGGUCUUUGCAAAGCAGCCUCACGUCCCCUUCAUACGGGACAUUCAGAGCCAGUUCACUCGCACGGGUCUCUACGGAUAUUGGGGAAACAAGGGGGGCGUCACCACUCGCAUGUCUGUCUAUGGACAUACCAUCUGUUUCCUGAACUGCCACCUGCCAGCCCACAUGGAGAAUGCAGGACAGCGGUUGGAUGACUUUGAGCGCAUCCUGGAGAUGCAGCAGUUUGAAGGCGAAAAGAUUCCCAACGUCCUGGAUCACGACGUUCUCUUCUGGUUUGGUGACUUGAACUUCCGGAUUGAAGAUUACGGCCUGCAUUUCAUUCGAGAAUCAAUCAAUAACAGCCGAUUCAGCCUUUUGUGGGAAAAGGACCAGCUCAACAUAGCUAAGAAGAAGGAACCCAUUCUUCAAGAAUUCAUGGAGGGGCCCCUGAAGUUCAAACCCACCUACAAGUUUGAUCUGUACUCAAAUGACUACGACACCAGGGGGCAGAAGACGCUCUUUUGGUUUAAUGGGAAGAAGCGGAAGCCUGCGUGGACGGACCGGAUCCUCUGGAGGGUGAAGCACCUUUUGCAGUUGGCCUCAGAGGCAGGAGAGAUGCCAGAAGAGGAGGCCAUUUCUGUGUCCCUGCACAGCUACAUCAGCCACAUGAGUUACGGCAUCAGCGACCACAAACCUGUCACCGGGACCUUUGAACUUGAGAUGAAGCCUCUGCCCCCUGUCCCACUGGUCAGGCUGCAUCCUGUCGGCAACUGGGAUGCUGAGCAAGAUGCCACCGUCCGCUACUCCACAGCUCCUGAAUUUCCAAGCAGUGCCUGGGAUUGGAUUGGUCUCUACAAGGUGACCUUCAAGCAUGCAAAUGACUACGUGAUGUACGCCUGGGUGCAAGACAACGAGAUUUCCUCGGAGGAGGAUGCCAAGCAGGUCUAUCUCAGUGCUGAGGAGCUUCCAGCCACGGGAGGAGAGUUUCUCCUCGGUUAUUACAGCAACACAAUGCAAUCCCUGGUUGGCAUCAGUCAGCCCUUUCAGAUUCAGCCAAGGAGAAUGUUAGCAGAGAAGGACCUGGCCUGGGACGGAGUCAGCAGGAUGCCGGAGCAGCUUUGUGAUGAGAAACCACCGUGUGACUUUUGAACUGUGCCGCGUGCCCCUGCAGCGGGGUCUGUGAGGAGGGAACCUCCUUCCUCUGCCUUAGAAACAGGCCUCUCUCUGAAGAAGGCUAGAAGCACAGGUGGGCAUGUGAGUUUGAGCAGCCCAGAGCAUCAUUUCCUAGGAAAUAAAUAGUUCUACUGCUGUC